AAGUGGCAGCAUUGAUCGAAACCUUCACUUAAUUUCUUUACUGGCAACAUUGCUGAUGUCUGGUGUGACGAAAGAUGGAAGCUGCGGAGUCCGAAACCGGUGUAAAAAACCAUUUGAAUAAUGUUUUAUCAGAAACAGAAGUUGCAAAUUUACCCAAUCAGCUUGUGGAGAAAGUUAACGCAUACAUUGAUCAAAAGUUUGAAGAAUACUUGACGGCUAAAGCUCUCCAUGAAGCUAACAGGGCACAAUUCGGAGAAAAAAUAUCUAUCUUAGAGGCUCAAGUUCUUGAAUCAACUGUUAAAUAUGAAGAAGCAGUUAAAAAGCUUACUACUGCUGAGGAAACAAUAACAGAAUUAGGCAAGCAAAUUGAAACUCUUAAUGCGGAUUUAGACAAAGCACGGGAUAAAAUUGGGCGAUUAGAAAAUGAAAUUGUAUCUCUUAAAAGCUCACGCGAUGCGGCAAUUGACGAGAGGAAUGACUUGACACGUAUUUUGCAAAGACGUGAUGCAGAAAUUGAACGAUUAACAUCUAACGAAACGUCACUAUCUCAACAGCUACGUGCUGCUAUUGAUGCAAAAUGCGAGGCUUUAGCCCUUAAUGAUGAAAUACAAAGCAAGGAACUCACUUUACAGUAUCGUGAAAAACGCAUAGAACAAGAAAGAACUUUGCUCAAUUCUCAAAUCACUGGCUUAACAGAAGAAAUAAAUAGACUUACUUCAGAAUUACAAACUGUAAGACUUAAUAACACUAGUAGAUUAGUUAGUUUGGAAACUCAGUUAGCCGAGAAAGUUGAGGAACUGAAUGCUGCUAAUGAAACAAUAUCACAAUUAAAUGAAGUCAAGAAGAAUUUGAAUACGCGCGCUGAAAAUCUCACACAACGUUUAUCGGAACAACGUGAAAUUGAAAAUAAAAUGACAGAAAACUAUAAAAAAGAGCUAGACGCAAAAACUAAACUUGCAGAUCUUUUCAAAACAAUGCACGACGAUGCCGAAGCAAAAACAUUAGAAUUAACAGAUGGUAUUACAGAAUUACAAAAGUUGUUAAAUGAAGCUACGCAAAAAUACGGUGAAUUGGAAACGAAAUAUAAGCAGGCAGAGUUAGAUCAUGAGGAAUUAAUGGAAAAGAAAAAUGAAGUGAUAUCUUCCUUGAAAAAUGAGUUAGAGCACGCAAAUGAUUUAUUGAAAGCGGCAAAUGCCCACAAUUUAGAUAUAGCAUUGAGUGAUUUAGCGCCUUCCGCAGCUACGGCCAGUAAACUGUUAAAAACUGGAAUGUCCCUUACACAAAUAUAUUCACAGUUGGUUAAGGUAACUGAUGAACUUGCUCAAGAAAAAGAGGAAAAUCGGCGUCUUAACAUAACUAUCAAUACAAUUGUUCAAGAAUUGGAAGAAAAAGCUCCACUUCUGCAAAAACAAAAAUCAGAAUAUGAAGAAGCAUUAGAAAGCAACACCGCUUUAACACAGCAAAUAGACAGCCUAGUUAUAGAGUGUAAUAGACUGAGAGAUGACUAUAAUGAAACAUCUAAAAUUGCAAAUCAUUAUAGCCGAGAGAAUACAAAAUUAAAGGGUGAAUUAGCGGAUUUAGGACGACAAGUAUGUUUCUUAUUAAAGGAACUCGAACAUACACGUGGUGGGCUUCUACCUAACGGUGAUCAUGAUUCAACACACGCAGCGUCGAACACAACAAAUUCGUCGGACCUUAGUUCAUCAAGAAUUAUUUCCAAGAACCUCGUUACUUUUAGUGACAUUCAGGAAUUACAGUCAAACAAUCAAAAAUUGUUAAGAUUAGUUCGUGAAUUAACUGAAAAGCAAGAGGAAUUUGAACGUCAUAAGGAACAAUUUGAAAGUGGUGAAAUGCAGAGUAAAAUAGAAUCUCUUAAGAAUAGGGUGUCUGAAUUGACUGAUGCUCAAGAACGCCAAACUAAAAUGGUUAAUGGCCUCAUAAGACAGCGAGAUAUGUUUAAAAAAUUGUAUCAUGAUCAUAUGAAAGGUAGACGACAUGAGAUUUCCGAAUCAGAAGCAGCAGAAUUAGAAAAUAGUGGGUCAUAUGCAAUGGAUACUUCAACAGAAAGAAAUAUCAAACCAAAUAAAGCUGAAUCUGACUCUUUUGAAAUAAAGUAUAGAGAAACUGAAAAGCAAUUGGAAAUGUUAAAAGAAGAGUACAAGACUUAUAAAGAAGAAAAAGUUAUUAAUGAAAGAAUGCUAUUUGAGCAAAUCGACGGCAUGAGGCAGGAGAUUGGCAAGCUUACAGCAACCAAUAGUAAAUGCGCCUCCACAUCUGAAUAUAACAAUGAAAGACUUAAGAUAUUACAGACUAAUAUUACAACAUAUAAAAAGCAAAUUGCGUCUCUUGAAGAAAAAAAUAAAGCCUAUAAUACUACUAUAGCGAAACAUGAAGUUUCUUUGCAACACUUACGUGACGAGGCUUUAAAUGCUCAAAGCAAACUUGCUGCAGCAGAAAUACAGGUUGAAAAUUUAAAGCUAGAAUGUAAACUACUUAAAGAUGCUGAAUUGCGUCUGCAAACGGAAAAAGAAAUGUUGAACCGUGAAAGACAAGGUCAAUCCUUGUUGCUUAAAAACUUGGAAUUGAUAAAAGCUAGUCUGGAAAGGGUUGAAACCGAAAACCGUAUGAAAUUAGAAAAUAGAUUAGAUGAAGCUACGCGAGAAUGUUCUGCGUUACGUAGAAGACUGCAAGAAGAACAAGAUCGAUUUAGAGAGUUAGCAGCGCAUCUCGAACGCCAAACUGAAGCAGCUAAAUCACGUAUGGAAGAAGAAAAAAGUGCAGCAGAUGCCAUGAGAAAAGAAAUAUCUGAGAUGAGACAAAACUUGUCUGGAAAAGAUAAAGCCAACGAAGAACUCGCGAAGAAACUAAAAGUAGCUAUUGCACCAAGUACUGAUAGUUCAUCGGAUACUGUGAAAAGAAUUAAAGAGCUUGAAAAUAAAUUAUCUGAAAAACAAGAAGAAAUCCAGGCACUUCAAGAUCAACUUAAUGUAGCUAAGGAACACAUUAAGCAAUACUGUGAUAUUUCAGAAGGUGCUGAAAAGGAACUUAAGACGCUUAAUAGUGAAUACAUAACAUAUAAAUCAGAAACAGAGAUUAAAUUAAGUGACUACGCACAAAAACUGCAGACGCUUGAAGAAAAGUGCUCUGAAUUAGAAACCGAAUUAUCUCUUCAUGCAAAUGGAGAACAUUCUAAUAGCAACACUACUUUACGAAAUGAAUUCCUCAAAGCUAAAGAAGAAUUGAAAAAUGCUCUAUCAAAUGGCGACAAAUACCGCUCUGAACUUGGUGCUGCUCGUGAAGAAAUUUCUAAAUUGUCGGACUCAUUACAUAAGGCUGAGGAAAAAUACUCCCAUGAAGUGAUUUUACAUUCAUCUGAUAUUCAAGCUCUGACAAAACUUAAAGAAGAGCUAGUGAAAGUUCAAAAUGAACUUAAUGAAUUAGCAGCUUUGAAAAAUAGCACUAUACAAAACUUGGAAACUGAAAAGGCUAGUUGGUUGGAGAGGCAACAAAUACUUAGUGCCGAAAACGAGCAGUUAACUCUACGGCUAAAAGAUUUGAAUGACCAGAAUACCUUGUUACAUGAGCAAAUUCAGGCACUUGGUACUCAACUAUCUCUUAGUCAUGCUUCGCGGUCUCAGUCAGAAAGUAUGAAUGAGUCUGCUACUGAGACUAGCAUUAACAUAUCUAUUGGAGAAGAUGAUAAUAAAUCUUCCGAGCAAUUAUUCCAAAUCGUAAAAUUUUUACGCAAAGAAAAAGAUAUAGCCGUAGCGAAAUUUGAUAUAUUACAAGCAGAAACUUUGAGACUUAAGUCUCAAUUAGAAAUAGUUGAGAAGCAACUAGACGACACCAAAUUAGCUUUGGCAAAUGAAAGGGAAAAGUCAGAAGUCGGCCUUGUUACCGUAAAUAAGCAGUCGGAUAUUUUAAGAAAAGUUGAGACAUUGAAUGCUUUGACUGAUAGUAACAGGAUAUUACGGGAAGAAAGGGAUACUUUAACUAUUCGUGUUGAAGAAUUAGGUCUCGGAAUUAAAGCUGUAGAAGAACAAUUGUUGCCUCUUCAAGAGAAAAAUUCUGAUUUAACGGCCAAAAACGAAACAUUACAAUCAGAAAAUAAUUCAUUAAAAGCAGAUUGUGCAAGAUGGAGAACACGAGUUAAUGUAUUACUUGAACGGGCUAACAAAACUAGCCCAGAGGAUUGGAAGCGUCUCCAGAAUGAAAGAGAAACCUUAGCCAAAAUGCUUACGAACGAAAAAGAAAAUGUAAGAAAACUCAAUGAGGAACUCGGAGCUAUAAAGCUAGAAAAGGGUAAGCUUGAAGAACAAUAUACUGUUUUGUCUCGUCAACAUAACAUUCUAGUAGAGGAGAAUAAAAAAAUUAAUGAAGAACUCCAAAUUCUCAAAGACGAUAUGUCACGUAUUACAGAAGAUUUAACUAAAGUAAAAUCGGAAUUGUUGUCUGCAAAUGAAAAUAUUUCUAAAUUAACUGAAGAUCUUACAACUAAAGAAGCAUCUUUAAUCGAUAUUCGAAAUAAAGAGAUGCAAAUAAGGAAGAUUGCAAAAAAAUAUAAGGCUCAGUAUGAAGAUUUAGUCAAGUCUGUGGAAGAGGAAAAGAAAAAGACUGAGGGCGAAGUCGCCGCUGCCGACGCUGUAAUAUUGGAAAAUACUAAAAAACUCGAGGAGCAAAUGUCUGAUUUACAAGCAAAAUUAGAUGCGGAAAAAUCCAACAAUGAGAAAUUAAAGCAAGAAAUUGAAACUUUACGAACUGUGAAUUUAGAUAAAGAAGAAAAGGCCAAGCAGGUGCUGAAGCAGGCCAAGAGUAAAAUCGUUCAAUUAACUGAAUUAAAGAAUACAUUAUCUCGUGAAUUGGAUGAGUCACGCACAAAGAUAGGAGCUAUAGAACAAAGUACACGCGAUGAACAAGAUGUCCGAUUGGCGCUAAUAAAAUCACAAUAUGAAGGGCGUCUAUCGCGCUUAGAAAAAGAACGAGGCGAGGCGCAAGCUGAAAAAAAUAGGGAGGUUGAUGCGCUUCUACAGAAAGUCAAUAUGUUGCAAAGGCAGCUUGCUAAUCAAGCAUCCGCAUCUAAACAGCAAGCAACAACAGAGAAAACUACGACGGAUCCGCCCACAGCUAAUAUAAAACCUAUGGCCGGUGUAGCCCAGCAAAGCGUUACAGCCAGCCGACGUGGAGGGGAGACUCCUUUGGCCUCGAUACGCCCCAUGGCGCAGGUGGGCCCCACAGCACCGCACGAUGCGCACACGACAGAGUACAUGCCAGCCUCCUCUUCGCGCCCGUUGACACGAGCCACUUUAGCAGCUUCGACAGCACCGCCGGAAUCAACACAGGAUAUGGAUGCAAGUGAAGCCGGAAUGGGCAGUUCUGGUACAAGUGAGAGUGCACAGCCAUCAUCACACUCACAGGCUCCACAACAGGCUGUAGCAAUGGUGAUGCCGCGAAUUGAACAACCUACUGGAACCAGUUCCGCCACCGCGGGCGUGUCGCCGGCUAGCUCCGCGCCGCCAACAGCAUCAGCACCCUCCAUCCCAACUCCACCCUUAUCAAGUGCAGUGACGGUCGGCAGCACGCCCACAUCAGGUGCGGCGUCGCAGACGGCGCAGGCGUCCCAGGCGUCGACGAGCGUGAGCACGUCGCAGACGGCGGCGGGCGUGAGCACGUCGCGGCCGCCGGACGCGCGCGCGCCGAAGCGCCGCCUGCAGCCGCGCCCGCUCGCCUCCAAGCGCACGCGCGUACAGGGAUUUGAAAGGUCUGUGGAAGUAGAGUACCAAGUGCCCACGUCUUCCCGUUGCGACCAAGAUGAUGAGGGUGUGAUAGUCGUCGAUUCCGAGGAAGAUGACGAACGGUGCACUGGAACUAUGUACAGGGAAAAUGAAGAAGAUGAAGACAUGGAGGAGGAACAAGAAGUUGAAGGAGGAGAGGAGGAAGAAGAAAUUGAAGGUGACGACGGAGAGAAUACAACGCGCCCAGAGUCGCCAGCUCAGUCGCCGGAGGCAGGCGGCUCGGGCGGCUCGGCGGCGUCGGGCGGCUCGGCCGCGUCGGGCGGCUCGGUCGCGUCGGGCGAGGAGCCGGACGAGCGCCCCGCGCUGCCCGCGCGCGACGACCACCAGCACCAGCAGAUAGAGGCCAUCAGCAGCGGCACCGAGCCGAGUGGUGCUUUGUCUCUUGGAGGAAGUGGAGGCGACGAUGGCGACGAUAGUAUCGUUCCUUCCACACCUACACUGUAUGUCCCAAGGCGCAAUGACGGGUGAGUUCACUAUGCUCUAACUUUAUUGUUAUAUACAGUUGUAUAGUUGACUAUUUCU